AAACGCAGUUCGGUAUUAAACCAGAGCAGACCUAAAAAUGAAGUUGAUGGUGCAAAUAAUUUGUGCAAUUGCACUCUUAGUGCUAUUGGUUAAUGGCCAGCGACCAAAUUGCUGGAGGUAUUAUCAAGAGGAUCCAGAUAAUAUUGAUCAAGUGUAUUUCCCAUACGAGAAAAAUUGUCAGUAUUUCUAUCAAUGUACAGCACAUGGUGCUAUGAGAAUGAAGUGCCCACCAGGUAUGCAUUUCGAUAGAGAGAAUCAUCAGUGCGGUAGACCAGACGAUGUUGUAUGUUAAUUAGAUCACGUACAUAAAAUAUUAUUCAUUUUAUGCCAGUUAGAAUUAAUGUGUAUUUUAUAUUGUUGCCAUUUUCGACAAGAACGAC